CCCCGCACCGCACCCAGGCGCGCUCCCGGGCACCCCAACCCGCCUCUGCUCCCGCACCUCCCCUCCCCCCAGGCCUCGCCAGGCCAGGACACGUCAGGGGACAUAAAUAAAUAAAUAAUUCCAUUCAGCCGGUGACAGCGAGGCCAGGCGGCUGCAGCUGGGCGGGGGGACCGGGAGAGCGGCGGUGCGCGCACCGAGUGCCAGAGCCAGAUUCCAUUUGAAGCUGUUACCUGGCACAAUUGUGUAUUGGUCAGACAUACUCUGCUGAACUGAAUUCUGAAGCAGGAGUCAAGGUUGGGAUGCGCUGCUUUCCUAUUGACCUAGACAAAAAUAUCUGGGCACCGUGAACACAGAACAGUUCCUCCCUAGAGCUAGCUGAUAAUCUGGAGUCGGCUCUACCUCUCCCUUUAUAUUGCCUUGGAAUAUUGCUCAUCAUCAGAAAGUGAUUAGGCUUAGAUAUACACACCACCCAAAGUGCUCAUCUGACAACAGGUUGCUCUAGUCUCCAGCAGAGGUGCAGAAAUGCCAUCGGAGACUUCUGCUCCUCCUCCAUACCCCCUUCCUCCAGAUGGAGGUUGGGGUUGGGUAGUAGUUUGUGCAUCCUUUAUCUCCAUUGGAUUUUCAUAUGCCUUCCCCAAAGCUGUCACAGUAUUCUUCAAAGAUAUUCAGGAAAUAUUCCACGCUAGCUACAGUGAAAUUGCAUGGAUAUCAUCCAUCAUGCUGGCUGUCAUGUAUGCAGGAGGUCCUGUCAGUAGUGUCUUGGUGAACAACUAUGGCAGCCGGCCAGUGGUGAUAACUGGAGGGUUGCUGUGCUGUACCGGAAUGAUCUUGGCUUCCUUCAGUAACAGUGUGAUACAACUUUACCUCACAAUUGGCUUAAUUGGAGGUAUAGGAUUAGCAUUCAACCUGCAACCAGCCUUAACAAUACUCGGAAAAUACUUCUAUAGGAGACGGCCCAUGGCAAGCGGCUUGGCCAUGGCUGGAAGUCCUGUUUUCUUAAGCUCGCUGGCUCCCUUUAAUCAGUAUCUAUUUAACAGUUACGGCUGGAAGGGGAGCUUCUUGAUUUUGGGAGGCAUAUUUUUGCACUCCUGUGUGGCUGGAUGCCUCAUGAGACCUGUCCAGCAAAGUACACGUCAGUCGAAGUCUAAAAGUAAGGUUGGUUCAAGACACGAUGAAACUAUGAAGAAAGUCAGUAAGGAAUCGACAGCAGAAAAAAUUAAUAAAUUUUUAGAUUUCAGCCUUUUUAAGCAUAGAGGAUUUUUGAUCUACCUGUCUGGAAAUGUCAUUAUGUUUCUAGGGUUUUUUGCCCCUAUUAUAUUCUUGGCUCCAUAUGCUAAAGACAAAGGAGUGGAUGAAUAUAACUCAGCUUUGUUGCUGUCUGUGAUGGCUUUUGUGGAUAUGUUUGCUCGACCUUGUGGAGGAUUAAUAGCCAAUUCCAAGUUAGUUCGUCCACGCAUCCAGUACUUCUUCAGCUUUGCAGUUAUAUUCACUGGCGUAUGCCAUCUCCUCUGCCCCCUGGCAGACACCUACGCAGCAUUGGUGGCCUACUCUAUAGUCUUUGGUUUUGGAUUUGGAAGUGUUAGCAGUGUCCUCUUUGAAACUCUCAUGGACCUUGUUGGACCCGCCAGGUUUUCCAGUGCCGUGGGACUUGUCACCAUUAUGGAGUGUUGCCCCGUUCUUCUAGGCCCUCCUCUAGCUGGUAAAUUGGUUGAUAAAACUAAAGACUAUAAAUUUAUGUACAUAGCCAGUGGGGCAAUCGUGGUGAUAUCAGGCAUUUGGCUGUUCAUCGGCAACGCUAUUAAUUAUAGACUCCUCGCCAAGGAAAGGAAGAGAGAGAGAGCACGGAGGAAGAAAUCAGCCACCCAUUCGCCCAGAGAAUCGGAGGCGUUGAACAAAUCCAAACAGGACGAUGUUACUGUCAAAGUUUCAGGUGCACACAGUCCUCCGUCAGACAGAGAAAGAGAAAGCAAUAUUUAACAUGUCUCAUCUCAAAUCAGUGUUUAUGAAUUUGCUUAUGAGUUUCUUUGUGUUUUUCAAAGUGUUGGAAAGGAUUUUAGGUAAAACAAAUGAUCACAAACAAUAAUGAAACUAAGAUUUGGAGGUGACGUGUACAGAAAAUCGAUGCAGAGGCUUAUUUGCAGACUUGACUUGGGGUGUUGUGAUGAGAAAGAAGAAUUUUUAAAUCUUUCACUGACUUUUAUUCGUAGAAUGAAAUCUGCAUCUCAGAAGCCUGCUUACUUAAGCAUAUGUUUAAUUCCAUAAAAUGUCUCUCCUCAAAGUUCCUUUUUAGACAAUUAUUUCUCUUUUCACACACAAAGAAUCACAUAGAAUAUAUAUCCACACAAACACUGAGUAUCUGGAGACCAUAAAGAAAUAAAUGAAUUUGAAAGAAAAA